UCAAUUCCUCACUAGGAUUUAUGUUUUCUAUUGACAGUCGCAAGAUGUUGGAAAAGCUUUUGACACUAGUAAUAAGUGACACAUUCCAGAUCCCAGUGUGGACAGUAAUUCUUGCUACAGUAUGUCUAGUUUGGUUAGUUUGGGAACGAAAGAAACCACCAAAGCCACCACAGAUCAACAAGGAUGCAGAGAAUGAAACUGUACAAAAAGUAACACCAUCUACAACAGCUGGAACUGAAAAUGUUUCCUUGAAGGAGAAAUAUGAUGCAUCAAAAUAUGUUAGACUAAAAUUGAAGAUUUUCUUUGGCACACAGACUGGCAAGGCUAAGAAUUUUGCUAAACAGUUAUGUGACGAGGUCACAAAGAGAGGAUAUGUUGUCGAGGUAACAGAUCUCAAUCAUUAUGAUCCUGAAGAUAAUCUUGCUGAUGAGGGUACAGACACUGUUUGUGUAUUUUUCGUGUCAACAAAAAUACCCCAUGCUUUAACUUUGCCAUGCAACUUCAAAAGGUCUAAACCAUGUGAUUUUAUUUUUUAUUACUUAAAGGUUGGUAAGAAUAUUGACAAGUGGUUACAUAAUUUAUCAGCUUUGAGAGUUAUGCCCCUUGGUCAAGGAGACGAGGAUGUGGUGAACAGCAAACAUGGAGGUAUAGAAGAAGAUUUUCGAGCUUGGCGUAAGAUAUUCUGGCGUAAGGCGGGUCCCAUCUUGAAUGGGAGGAAACAGUUGACACCCAAUACCACUUUGGGGAAGAAAGAAAAAGGUAAAUGUGGCGGUCAAUGUAAAUGUAAGGAGGAUGGUGGUAAAUGUAGCAGUGAUGAGGAGCAGGAGUCCCAAGAUGAGCUAUAUGAGACCACUACUGAUGAAGAGGCGGAUGAUGUCGACGACAAUAACGACGGAGUAACACAGAACAGCUCAGGUGUUGUUGACCUUGAAGAUCUUGGAAAGGUCAUGAAGAAAAUGAAAACUGCAAAGGUUCAGAGGAAAGCGGAGGAAGAGGCAGCUGGAAAUGGAGGAGAGAAGAAGGAAAUGGUUACACCACAGUUGAGGAAAGCUCUCACCAAACAGGGAUACAAGAUUGUAGGCUCGCAUUCUGGUGUCAAACUUUGCAGGUGGACUAAGUCAAUGUUACGAGGAAGAGGUGGUUGUUACAAGCACACAUUUUAUGGUAUAGAGAGUCAUAGAUGUAUGGAGACUACCCCAAGUCUUGCCUGUGCCAACAAAUGUGUCUUCUGUUGGAGACAUCACACCAAUCCUGUAGGUACAGAAUGGAGAUGGCAAAUGGAUGACCCAGAACUUGUCUUUAAUGGUGCAUUAGAAAAUCAUGUUAACAUGAUUAAGCAGUUUAAAGGUGUACCAGGUGUUCAGGCAGACAAAUUUGAGGAAGGAAAACAGCCAGCACAUUGUGCCUUAUCUCUGGUAGGAGAACCUAUCAUGUAUCCAGAGAUUAACAAAUUUAUAGACCUACUUCAUGAUAAACAUAUUUCAACAUUCAUGGUUACAAAUGCUCAGUUUCCAGAUGCAAUAAAAAACCUCUCGCCAGUCACACAGUUAUAUGUGAGUGUUGAUGCCAGUACAAAAGACAGUCUGAAGAAAAUAGACAGACCUUUGUUCAAGGACUUCUGGGAAAGAUUUCUAGAAAGUUUGAAGGAAUUGUCAGCUAAAGGACAGAGAACUGUGUACAGGCUCACCCUUGUAAAGGCUUGUAAUACAGAUGAGAUAGAAAAUUACGCAAAACUGGUAUCGCUUGGAAACCCAGAUUUUAUAGAAAUAAAGGGUGUAACAUAUUGCGGGGAUUCUAAAGCAUCUAGUCUGACCAUGAGUAAUGUCCCUUGGCACGAGGAGGUCGUCGGUUUUGUUAAACAGAUAGCUGAUGAGUUACCAGACUAUGAGAUAGCAUCGGAGCACGAACACUCAAACUGUAUACUCCUUGCUCAUAAAAGGUUCAAGAUCGACGGAGACUGGUGGACAUGGAUUGAUUAUCCAAAAUUUCAUGAACUUGUGAGAAAUUAUAAAGAAAGUAGUGGGAAACAGACAUUUUCAGCCAAAGAUUAUAUGGCUAAAACACCACAAUGGGCAGUGUUUGGAGCCAAAGAACAAGGUUUUGACCCAAAGGAGACAAGAUAUUUCAGAAAGUCGAAAAAAGACAUUGGUGGUUGUUGAAAAUUUGAGUAUUGAUAUGAAAAUAAAAAUUCUUCCAACUGGACUUUGGAAGUGAGAACUGAUUAAUAUGGAAAAGUAAAUCCGUUAAUAACAUCUCAGAAAAUUCUGUAAAAUACAUUACAACCCAGUUUUCAUUAGGUUUGUGGUUCUACUCCGGUGCAUGUCUUUACCUGUAAUUAUUUACAUGUACUGGGGGGCACCAGAGUUCAUCAUUAGCCAUCCUCAAAGCUGGAAAGUUGCUAUAAUGUGACCUAUACAGUGCGGGUGUGACUUUUAACGCAACAAUUACAUCAAUUAAUCAUUACGUUAUCUGAGAUACAUGUAUAUAACAAAUGUGUUUCCCCCUGUGUGAGAUAAAAUCUCAGUUAUUUUCCUAUUUCCUAUUAUACCACUCAUCAAAAAUAUUUGUGGUAUUCAUUUCCUGUAAUACAUUCUGUUAGAAGGCGGAUAUAACAUUGACACUUUAUCUAAAAAGGUCAGUAUUAGAGUAAAUUCAGUGAUGCUUUGUUGACAUACAUGAUUCCUUUUUCCCCCCAAGUGUAAAGCAAAUUACCUCGUGACCUCUAUUUGGGUGUUUGUAGAAUAUAAUUCUUUGAAACCUUA